AUGUACUCGUCCAAAUUCCUGUUGGCUCUGUGCCUGGCCGUCGGCAUGGUGACGGCUUUGCCUAAGGUGGGAUCCCCCGCCGAGUUGGAUGGUGAUCUCUACAACUAUAAGCGUGGCAACGCUGAGCUCGAUGGCGACCUCUACAACUACAAGAAACGGGAUGGCGCUGAGCUGGAUGGGGAUCUCUACAACUACAAGCGCGACGGAGCCGAGCUCGAUGGCGACUUGUACAAUUACAAGAAGCGGGCUGAUGCUGAGCUAGACGGGGAUCUUUACAACUACAAGCGUGACGGAGCCGAGUUGGAUGGCGACCUCUACAAUUACAAGAAACGGGCGGACGCAGAGCUGGAUGGCGACUUGUACAACUACUGA